AGGUCAAACAUACAGACCAUUGCAAGCUGGAAGAAAUCAUAUUCAAAGCAUGUCGCACCAAACAACGAGUAUUCAUCAAAAAUUCAGAAUGGAGAAUGGUGGAAUAGUUCUAGCAAGACAUUCUGAUCAUCAUGAUGAGUAUAAUGUUGCUCAUGGUAUUCUACACUCUUCACUCUCCCAACUACCGUUAGAUGUGAAAUCUAGCUUUCCAAGGCAGCAGCAGUACUGGCCAACUAAUCAGCAUGCAAUAACAAGGCCAAGUUAUCUAAUAAGCAAAGAUCUUGGAAGAGACAAAGGGUUGAUCAGCUCAACAACCUUCCAAAAUCAAAGCAAGUUAUCAGCUUCAAACCAAACACAUCCGUUGGAUACAGGCGUGCGAAUAGGGCCCAUUAGACCUAGCCGAUUUCUUGAGGAAAAGAGAUGGCCUCCAUUCGAAAUGAUUAGUGGUCCAUGGAAAGUAAAAAUGGCUCCUUCGGCUAAUAUUACGUGGGUUAAUGAUGGGACCAAGUUCGUUGGGGAUACCUACAAUACCAGACCCACUGAUCAAUGGAACCUUCUAAACAAGACAAAGGUUAGACAAAUGCAAUCAAACACAGAUGAUGUUGUCAGCAAUUCCAAUUGCUUCAAACCAGAGUUUCAGCCCCCAUUUCGGAUUGAGUUGAAUGAAGAGAAAAUAUUGAAGGGCAAAGAAGGGUUUCCGGAUCUUCAGCUAAGACUUAGCCAGAGAGUUGGGGAAGACGAUGAUGAUGAUGAUGAGGGUAUUCAUGGAGAAGGAACACAUGAAAUUAGCACUAAGCUUUCUCUUUCUUAGCUGAUAAAUGUCAAGGAAACUUGCACAAUCUAGUUACACACUCAUACAGAUCAUUACGUACAGACACAAAAAAUUUGGUGCAACAUAUGCAACAAGGCCAAAUUGAGAGUGAGUGCUUAGGAUUCGACCAUGUAAAAAAACAAAAAUCGCCAUAGGAGUGAGAUCAUUCUAAGUGCUUGUCUUUAAGCCAUUAGAUUUAGAAGCAUAUAAAUGCUUUCGGUAAUUCCUUGACUACUAUUUCAUCAGAUCUCCGUAAAGGAAACUGAUUGAUUCUUUGUCUACACAUGUUCUUUCACAGAUAUAAGUUUGCUGUUAUUGCUCAACUCCAAUUUAAAAAGCUCCCAUUUCUUCCAAUUUUUAUCUGGAUAUAUAAGACAUAUGCCAUUACGGUAAAUUUCUCUCAAUACAAACAAAGCAUGCAUACAAAUGAAACCCUUCCCAAUCCUUAAACAUGUCUUCCGGUAAAGUUGUUGUCACACCGCUGCAUCCCCUCCAGCUCCAGUGGUGGUUGCCAAUAGACUCAAGAGUUUCGCUGUAGAUCAAGCUUGUCCAGCCUUGUCAACUGCGCCUCCACCUCACAUGGCAUCAUCUCAGUCGGCUCCUGCCUCACCGUCAAUGGCGCCGAGGAUGUCCUCCACAAGAUCUGUGCCUUCAAGCUAGGCCACCAUGUAAGACACCAUGUCCAAGAGAGAGAGAGUGUGUUUGUGUGAGAGAGAAGGAUUUUCAAAGGUUAGAGGAGGAGGAGUUAAUGGUAGUCCAACUCCGGUAAUGUAUGCUUCACAUGCCUAAAGACAUAUUACAAUUUAAU